GGCUGACGGGCUGAACGGGCGACGGACGAAGAAACUUGAGACAAUCACACCGAGAUCCGACAUUCAGAGAGUGCCCAACCCUCCAUGGGAAACUGAAUGAGACGCUUCGCAAGAGGAGUGGGAAAGAACCAGCAGAGAGAGGCUUGGUGAGAUAGAGGAAGAUAUAAGGCAGCGUGAAAGCAGAAGGGAGAAGGAGUGACUGACACCUGCCCUCCAGCUCCAGUGUGAAGGGCACGGAAUGAGAGAGUAAGAGGAGGGGCAUGAAAAGAGGGAAAACAGAGGAGAGAAUGAAGACAACCGGAAAACAAGGCCUGCCUCACAGCAAACUUCGCUCAAAUUAGGACAUCUCGCAACAAGACAUGAUGAUUACAAGAAACCUGCUCCUAUUGGUUUCCCUGUGCCUGUGGGAGGGGCUCGCGGGAGUUGCCUCGGCCAGUAAGAUUGUUCGCAGGAGAGGGGUGCUGAAGCUAGGGGAGAGCAGAGCUGCGGACCAAUGGGAUGCAAGCGUGGAUGCGAAUGCAAUGCCCGUGGUGACUUUUAGAAACCUGAUUAGUCAUGAGCAGAUGGGUGACGCUGGAUCUUUUCCUCAUUCCAAAAUAUUGCAGAGUCAUGCUGCUCCAUCAGUAGCUAACAAGGAGAGGCAAGCUUUCAAGCCCAAGCGUGAGGUUGACUCUGUCAAUAAAAAAAAAGAAGUGACUUUGCACAUGUUAGCCAAUAACAAGGAGCUAAACCAGGAUGUAAAGAAAGUCAAGAACAACAGCAAGACGGCUGAGACUUCUACCAAAACAGAAAGGUCCGAGAAGGCGUUCAUAAUCCACCAUAAGCCAGAUCUACACACCAAUAAAACCAGGUUUAAAUCAGGCUCUAGAUCCAGGAGCAGACCUGAUUUGAGUGUCCAUACUACAGGUGUGCCAGGAAAAGGAUUCAGCAUAGAUUCAAACCGAAAGCUUAACCUCACUGGCAGUUAUGGGGUUCUGAAGCUGCUGUCGAAAGAAAACCUAGUUAGGAUCGUUAAUUCCCAAAUGCAGAGCGUUCCCAGCCUGAGCUUUCCGAGCAAGGGCAGCCGGAGCAGGAAGAGAGAUUUGAUUGACGUUAAUCACAGACAGUUGGAGGCUCAGAAAGUGUCGAGACAAGAUAUGGCUGUCACUCAGCUUCACACUGGAUUUGAUAAUCAGACUGCAUUUCCUUAUUUAAGUCCAGUCACCACCCCAGAUCUUAAUCGAGACCAGGGAGCCAGCGCUCGUAUUAAUCCACUGAGUGAAGUCAACCCAGCUUUAAGUAAAGGGCAGGGCAACUUGGGAAUGCAGGGUUCAGAUAGUGGCGAUAGCAAGAGCAAACACCUCGUCCGUUUACCGCCAACACCUCGCAGCGACGUCAGUCUCAGCCCCGGGAAAGAAGCACCAAUCAGCCAAACAGAACCGCCAUUUACAUCGACAAAACAUCUCCCAGUGUAUGUUCCCUCUGAAACAAAUGAUUCUCCGCCAUCUGUGCUGACAAUGCAACCCUUGGGAGCACGACCGGGGAACAGAGCAGCAGAUCCCCAUAGAGACCCAUUAACAGAGUCAGUUCACGCUGCUCAGACAGAACCCAGCACAGCUCAGUACCCUGCAGAUGAAGACAACAAACUUGUCAACAGCAGUCAUGUCCUGAGGCUCCACCCAGCUCCCGAAUGGAGCCGCGAUACAAACGACGCUGGGAUGCAAGCUGUCGAUCCAGAAAAUGAGAAGGGCCUCGUGUUUGAGGAGGCAGAGUCCAAGGUGGAAGAGGAGGUGCGUGACCGCAUGGAAGGGAAGGGGUCGCGCUCUCGCAGCAGAAGGAGCUGGAUCUGGAACCAGUUCUUUGUGAUCGAAGAAUACGCCGGGCCUGAACCUGUGCUCAUCGGACGGCUCCACACCGACAUGGACAGGAAUGAUGGACGCACUAAGUAUGUCCUGCGAGGCGAGGGAGCGGGCUCAGUCUUUGUGAUAGACGAGAAGACAGGUAACAUCCACGUCACCAAGCCACUGGACCGCGAGGAGAAGGAUGAGUACCGUCUCAUCGCCACGGCCACCGACAGGCAGACAGACCGUGCCCUGGAGCCCUCCUCACAGUUUAUAAUUCGGGUGCAGGACAUCAACGACAACCCACCUAUCUUUGAUGAAGGCCCCUACAUCGCCACCGUGCCUGAGAUGGCAAAUAUAGGCACGUCUAUAAUCCAGGUGACAGCGACAGAUGCUGAUGACCCGACUUAUGGGAACAGCGCCAAGCUAGUGUACACACUGGUGCAGGGCCAACAGUACUUCUCUGUCGAUCCCCAGACAGGUAUUCUGCGUACGGCUGUACCCGACAUGGACAGGGAGACCCAGGACCAGUACCUGGUUUUGCUUCAAGCCAAGGACAUGGGGGGCCACCUGGGCGGAUUAUCUGGGACCACCACCGUCACUGUCAAGCUCACUGAUGUCAACGACAACCCUCCACGCUUCACUCAGAGUAUGUGGUCCUUCUCCGUUUCCGAGCUGGCCAUCCCCGGGGCUGAGAUAGGGCGCAUUUCGGCGGCCGACACCGACCUCGGCGAGAACGCUAAGCUGGAGUAUACCAUCCUGGAGGGGGAGACCGGGGAAACGUUCAACAUCACCGGAGUGAACCAAGAGGCGGUCAUCACGCUCAACAAGGCCGUCGACUAUGAGAGCCGGAGCUCUUACUCCUUCUCUGUUGAGGUCCUCAACCCCAUAGUGGAUCCUCGCUUCUUGCGUCGAGGCCCCUUCAAGGACCGGGCCUCCAUCAGAGUAGCAGUGCUGGAUGCAGACGAGCCUCCGAGGUUCUCCCGAACCCGAUACCUCAUGGACGUAUCUGAAAACUGCCCGCCGGCCUGCACUGUGGGCCGGGUCAGCGCUGUAGACCCCGAUACCGGUCUUACCAAUAAUAUCAGGUUCUCCAUUGAUCCCCAGUCAGACCCAGAGGCUCUGUUUCGUAUCACCCCAGACACCGGCCUCAUCACCACAGCCAUGCAGCUGGACCGGGAACGGGAACAUUGGCACAACAUUACUGUCAUCGCCACCCAGAGAGACAAUCCCAGCCAAGUUUCCAGAGUUCUGGUUGCAAUAGAAACAUUAGACCUGAAUGACAACGCACCCGAACUCGACAGGCAAUACACAACUGCCAUGUGUGACUCAUCCUCCAUCGGGCAGGUGGUGCAGGUGUUGCGAGCGAUUGAUAGAGAUGAGGGAGGGAAUGACAGCACUGUGUAUUUCAGCAUCCCUCCGGAGUCCAGCGCCGCCCUCAACUUCAGCGUCAGGGACAGUGGUGGCCCCACAGCGAGCCUGGUGCUGCUGUCCCAGCUCCAGCCACUGUCCCGCUCUGCGUCCUCCACCCUGACGCUCCACGUGCCGCUGGUCCUGAGGGACGGGACGUCGGGCCUUACCAGUACCGGGACGGUCACUGUGUCCGUCUGUCCCUGUCUGAGAGGAGGGGCACGGGCCGGGGAGAAAGAGAAGGACAAACAGACUGAGGGCGAGUGGGACUGGGAAAGAGAGGCGGUGUGUCUCCCUCAGCAGUCCACUCUGCCUUCCCCUGGGCUCAGUACCGCCGCCCUGCUGGCUAUCCUGGCUUGUGUUGCCACACUACUGGCGGUGAGUGCGCUGUCAUUGUCGCUGCGCCGUCAGAAGCGCGACUCCCUGUCACCGCUAGAGGAGGACGACGUACGUGAGAACAUCAUAACGUACGAUGACGAGGGCGGGGGCGAGGCCGACACGGCCGCCUUUGACAUUGCCGCACUCCAGAGCGCCCCGCACAGCUCACGCUCACGUGGCUAUCGCACCCUGGACAGCAGGAAUGUACGUUACUCCCAUCAUAACCAAGACAAAGCUCGCACCUAUAGCUGGGCUCAGAAUCCGGGUGUGGAUCACAACUACUCAGGACCAAGUGGACCUCUCUAUGGUCGCCUCUGUUACAGCAGCCACACGUUACCUGUUCUCCGCCGCACACCAGGUGGAACAUUUGAACCAGGCCUGGCAGAGCUGGGAUACCGCUUUCCUGGAGGCCAACCAGACCACUCUCUAGUCAUCCAGAACCAGGGGGCCAUGGUAGGGGCCAUGGAGUCUGGGGCGGUGUUCAUCGCUCCCACAGACCUCAGCACGGGAAGCCGAACAGGGAGUCGCACGGGAAGCCGUGACGGGACUGCGCCCCAAAGUGGGGUAAGCACAUCGGAUGGAGGAACGCCGAGGACCAAUGACAGCCAGGAGAGAGGAGGAGGAGGGACAGGAACUGCAAGCAACUGCACAGAGGGGAGCAGUGAGGAAAAGGCCAACCAUAGUCAAGAUGUGGACUGGGUGCAGUCGGAGACAUUACCCAGGGAGCAUCACCUCGUCAUGACCCGAUCGGGCUCCACGAUGGGCCAGGGUCCCAGCGCAGGAGGCUGGGUGUGCGACUCGGCUACCCUUCCCAUGGCGGGACGCAGGGCUUCCCGUGCGGGCUUGUCCCCAAACCGCACAAGCUCUGGCCAGCCUGAAUCUGAUCCCAGUGGAGGAGGAGGAGGCAGGUUCACCUUUACAAAUGGACAACCUGCCAGUGGACGCAACUAUGCCACUGUCCUGCAGGGGGAGGUAUCGGGACAGAGGGACUACCCCGGCAGCUUGGGGAGAGGAGGACUAGAGAUGGGGAGCAACUUUGUGGUGGCAAGGCCAGAAAGGGAGGGCGUAGGGAUAUCAUCUGUCUACCCAGAAGCAGCUGGCUUAAUUGGGGACUGGCGUGAACGGAUGGGUCUGGGGGGUUAUGUUUUAGGCAGGAGGGAUAUAACUCCCCAGCUUUUUCCUUUCCCAGGGCAGCCUCAGGGAGGAUACAGCGGAGUGAUGGGCUUUGGGGCCGGCUGGGUUCCAGGAAUGGAGGCUAUGAGAGGAGCUCCAGGGCCUGGGGGUCCCUCCUUGGCACUGAGGGUGGGUGAGUUCCUACGUCUGCGUCUCGCCCAAGUCACUUUUGACCCAUCGCAGCCACCGUACGACUCUGUGCAGGUGUACGGCCUGGAAGGUACAGGGUCCCGGGCUGGAUCCCUCAGCUCACUCGAGAGCGAAGCAGAGAAGGAUGCAGAGAAGGAGGAGUGGGGGGCCGGGCUGGAAGAGUGGGGACCCCAGUUCCACAAAUUAGCUCAACUCUUCAAAGACAGGGAGAAGGAAAGGGAAGAGAAGGAAAACGAUGAAGUGGAUGCCAAAAAUGAGAAGGAAAAGAAAGACGAGCCAGGGAAGAAAGAGAAAAAAGAGGGAGAGGAGCAGGCUGGAGAAGAGGGGAAAGACUGAGGAUGGAUACAAAUGAAUCAAAUAGGGGCAAAGAGGGUAAGAGAGGAAGGGAGGGAAUAGGAGGAUGAUGAAAAGGCAACCAGAGCUAGAAUAAUGUGAAGAGAAGUUAAAGGAGAGAAAGAUGAAGAGGCAAAGUAAUGAAAAGAGACAGAGAAAAAUGAGCCUAGGGAGGGUGGAGUGUGCGAGGGCAGGGGAGGGAGUGAUUGAUGUAAUUUAAAGCAAUAAGUGUUGAAACGCUGAUAUGGUUGAGCACAGAUACUGAGACAAUGCAGAGGCUGCUUCUGCUCGGGGCAGCAACAAUUUGUUAAACGCUUUGGACAAAGAAAAACAACCCAAACAUCCGAGACUCGAUUUUAAUUCAACUCUCACGUGUGGAACGAGAAAACAGCAGGAAACAAGAAGAAAGACGUUCCUCGUUUUGUGUGUCGGUCUGCUCUUUGUGUCCGCAUGUGUGUGUGUUUGUGUGUGAGAAAAGUCUCUGAGGGAAGACGGAUGUGCGAGCAGAAGUGCAUACGAGCACUUGUUUGUGUGAGUGCACACGUGUGCAUAUUUAACAAAGACGGAGAAAUAGUGGCAGGGAGAAUUCAUGGUACCCAGAGACAAUUUAAAGAUGUGACUGAUGAUAUCUUAGCUGCAACAUUAGUUUUCGGGACAUUGUGCAAGAGUAAACAUUUAACGAGGAAGUUUCAAAACUACGAUAACACACGUGGGAUGAAAUAUGUAUUUGAAUAUAAUGUGGAACGGGUAAGUGGAUGGAUGUGCUGUAUAGAGAGAGAAGUGGUCGGGGAAAUGAGACAAUUGUACAUAAACUGUUACUUUUUAUUCCAUCUGCUGUGGCAGAAAAGUGAAUUAUUCAGCUCACUACUUCAUUCCAAAUGAAAAUGAUGAAUCAUUUCAAUCCUGCAAAAGAUCCUCCCUCCUCUCAGCCCGCAAGGAAAAUAGACAUUGUAAAAAAUUUAAAUGAUUUAGGGAUGUGAUCCCAUAUCCCCCACAUCCACCCCACCCCCCCAAACACACAUGCUCAAACCCCCAUCCCUCCAGCAUUUUGUAGUCGAGUGUUGGUAUGUUUACAAAGGGUCACACACAAACACACACACAAAAGAACUAAUGAGCACCAUAAGGCUUUGAUUGUACUACAGUAAAUUAUAAAAGCUUAACCAUUCACAAGUAUUCCAUCUACUGUGGAGUAAUAGUGAUUCUAUUAUUCAUCUCUUACAUUUUUUUAAUGGAAGAAGUCUCCUAUUUUUUAUGCGUAUCCCCACUGUAGUCUCACUUGACACGUCUUGAGGACAAAGUAUGCAUGAUUUUUGAAAACGACAGCACACCUAAAAAAGUCAAUCAAUCCCAUUUUCAACACUCGUAAUUCCCGAAUGAAAAAUGUCCGUAGAUCUGUAAUGAAACCGUAGGGAAAAAAACACCACAGAGACUCCCACGACAUGGAGGCUUUUUGUUCUUGUUAAAGGUCAGGAUGCAAAUGAGCUGGAGUUUUCAGCUGGAAUGCACUUUUAUACUGUGUGAUGUUCAAUAAUAGAUAAUGAAUAAUGUCAAAGAUUACAGUUGUUUUAUAAGAUGUCAAUUAAACAAAAAGAUACAAUGUUUGACUGUAUGUAAAAGCAUUUCAAAUGUAAAUACCACUGAAUAUUAUUGCUAAAA